CUGUGUCCUUGGGUGGCUUCUUUCAGCCUGGUCCUUACUGUGCCUGGGGGCAGGAACCGCCUCUGGGGUGGCAGUUGGCUGCCUUGACAUCCGCUUUUGCACUAGCCCCUUUCUUCUGUUUUCCCUCAGGAGAAGCUGCUCAGAGAAGGGUGCAGAGGCUGUCCCACAACCUGUUCUGAUUUGUCCCUGGACGCGUCUGCCUGGCUUCCUGACUCUGCUCUCCCCUUCCAGAUAAGCCGCUGUCCAACAUGAGGAUCCUGACUCUUGGGAAGCUCUCCCAAACCAAAGACGAAGUGAAGGGCAUGAUCGAGAGACUUGGGGGAAAGUUGACGGGUACAGUCAACAAGGCCUCCCUGUACAUCAGUACUAAAAAGGAGGUAGAAAAGAUGAAUAAGAAAAUGGAGGAAGUCAGAGAAGCCAACAUCCGCAUUGUGUCUGAGGACUUCCUCCAGGAUGUCUCUGCCUCCAUGAAAGGCCUCCAGGAGUUAUUCUCAGCCCACAUCUUGUCCCCUUGGGGGGCAGAGGUGAAGGCAGAGCCUUCAGAAGUAGCGGCCCCUGGAGGGAAGGUGGGGGCUGCACUCCCCAAGAAGAGCAAGGGCCCCGGCAAGGAGGCAGGUGUCAACAAAUCUGAAAAGAGAAUGAAAUUAACUCUGAAAGGAGGAGCAGCUGUCGAUCCUGAUUCUGGCCUGGAGCACUCCGCACACGUCCUGGAGAAAGGCGGGAAGGUGUUCAGCGCCACCCUUGGCCUGGUGGACAUCGUUAAAGGAACCAACUCCUAUUACAAGCUGCAGCUCCUGGAGGGUGACAAAGAAGGCAGGUACUGGAUAUUCAGGUCCUGGGGCCACAUGGGCACAGUGAUUGGUAGUAACAAACUGGAGCAGAUGCCAUCCAAGGAGGUUGCCAUCGAACACUUCAUGGAAUUGUAUGAAGAGAAAACUGAGAACUCCUGGCACUGCAGAAACUUCACCAAGCACCCCAGAAACUUCUACCUUCUGGAAAUUGACUAUGGCCAGGAUGAGGAGGCGGUGAAGAAGCUGACAGUGACCCCUGGCGCCAAGUCUGAGCUCCCCGGGCCGGUGCAGGACCUCAUUAAGAUGAUCUUUGAUGUGGAAAGUAUGAAGAAAGCCAUGGUGGAAUAUGAGAUUGACCUUCAGAAGAUGCCCUUGGGAAAGCUAAGCAAAAGGCAGAUCCAGGCUGUGUACUCCAUCCUCAGCGAGGUCCAGCAGGCCAAGGUGGAAAUGCUGGUCAAUCUGCUGGACAUUGAGGUGGCCUACAGUCUGCUCAGGGGUGGGUCUGAUAAUAGCAGAGAGGACCCCAUCGAUGUCAACUAUGAGAAACUCAAAACUGACAUUAAGGUCGUGGACAAAGAUUCCAAGGAAGCCGAGACCAUCAGGAACUACGUCAAGAAUACGCAUGCAAGCACGCAUAAUGCAUAUGACUUGGAAGUCAUCGAUAUCUUCAAGAUAGCACGCGAAGGGGAGAGCCAGUGCUUCAAGCCGUUCAAGCAGCUGCAUAACUGGAGGCUGCUAUGGCACAGGUCCAGGACCACCAACUUUGCUGGCAUCCUGUCCCAGGAACUCCGGAUAGCCCUGCCUGAAGCACCCGUGACAAGCUACAUGUUUGGGAAAGGGAUCUAUUUUGCUGACAUGGUCUCCAAGAGUGCCAGCUACUGCCACACAUCUCAGGGCGACCCAGUAGGCUUAAUCCUGUUGGGAGAAGUGGCCCUUGGGAACAUGUAUGAACUCACACAUCAGCAAGUUGCCCAAAGGCAAGCACAGCGUCAAAGGCUCUUUGGGGACCUCCAUUUCUGGGUGAGGAAGUGGGAGGUGAAUGGCUGGCACUGGCCUCCCAGCCUUGGCUACCUGCUCAGAUCGGAAACGCAGUAG